AUGUCAAAAAGUUACACAAGCGGAGGGGUGAGGUUUUACAAUAGGCCGCUUUCACGACUAUAAACACAUCCUCACACCUACAUUCAUCAUUCACACCUACCGGUUCUACCUGUGACUACGGAGCCUUUCCUAAGGGGACUAAAAAACACCAGAUAACAUUCAGUCCGUGUCAGUGGGAAUUCAUCUGACAGACUCGAGCACGCCUUCUCCUCUGUGGAUCGUGUGGGGAAAAAAGCGCUUUUUCUGCUCCGUUUCAAAAUCCUGUGUGAGUGACGGCUUAGGACAAGUGAUUGGACCCACCGGUAUGUUAACUUGAUUGUCUCCGGUCGUCGCAAGCAAGUAGCCAGCCGUCCUCUUGUUUAUUCUAGGCCACAGUCGGGGGCUCCACCGCGUUUAUACCGCUCACUUCGGUGUCAUCAGAGGUCUGUUAAAGUCUUCAAGCUUCCCUCACGAACAUUUCUGCCAUGGAGCUGAGUUCAGUGAUUCUGACCACAGGCAGCGCCGUCGGAUUAUUCCGACUAGUCAACACCGGAGUCGGUAAACUGCCCAUACCUGAGUCUGCCUGCAGGAAUGCGUGGAAAUGGAAAAACAUCUCCACAUCAUUUGUGCACAGUUUCAUCACAGCGAUAUGGGCAGUGUCUUGCUUUUUCCUUCAUCCACAGAUGGCUGAAGAUCUGAUAGAAACUCAUUCCGUGUUUUCUCAUGCUUUGGUGUCCUUUUCAAUCGGUUACUUCAUAUAUGACUUCUUUGACAUGGUGCGGAACCAGAAGUUGAGUCAAUCCUGGGAGCUGCUCUUUCAUCACAUUGUGGUGAUCACCUGUUUUGGCCUCUCGGUGCUGUCAUGCCGCUACGUUGGCUUUGCCGUGGUUGCCCUGUUGGUGGAGAUAAACUCUGUGUUCCUCCACCUCAGGCAGAUGCUGCGCAUGUCCAACAUUGCCACAGGUACACUGUACCGCAUCAACAGCAUGAUCAACCUGGGAACAUAUGUGGUAUUUCGCAUCAACACGCUGGCCUGGAUGACCCGCUGGCUGGUGCUCAACAGGGAUAAGGUUCCCCUCCUGGCUUACACGCUGGGCAGCGUUGGUAUGGCUAUUAUGACCGCCAUGAAUAUUGUCCUCUUCUGUCGGCUGCUCAGGAGCGACUUUUUAAAGAGCAGCACUCGGGAGACGAAGAAAGAGAAAGAGAUGUAGAAAGGAGAGGAGGAAGAACAAGAACACAAGAAGGAUCAGAUUCAAACACACACUCGUUACUGUUCAUUAACACCCUGUGGCUGAGAUUUGGUACCGUUUUGCCUGCGUCUAAUAUAGUCAUAGCUGGAAGACGGAGGGCUUUGUCUGUCUCUUAUACUGUAUAGGUACUUAAACUGUAAUCAAAAGGCAUCACAUCCGUACUGCUGAAAACUACGGUUCCCUUUCAGUUGUUGUUUUGACAGAUUUCUGGCUUCUGCGCUUGUGUGCUACAGGAAUCUUCACAAGUACAAUACAAGGCCUUGUAAAAAGACACCUAACGCCUUAUUAUCCCACCGGGUGAUAAAUCGAUACUAAAAUGUAGCUUUUGAUGAAUGAAGAUGUACUGUUCAUAAAACAAACCCUUCAAUACUACACUUAUAAAGCCAUUGGAAACAGAAAGACUAUAUAAAAUAUCUUUAGUUAUAUUAUAUUAUAUUAUAUUAUAUUAUAUUAUAUUAUAUUAUAUUAUAUUAUAUUAUAUUAUAUUAUAUUAUAUUAUAUUAUAAUAAUAGCCUUUUAUUCAUCUGUAUAUCUAUGUAUGUUAUAUACCUGUUAUGCUGUUUUGGGAUAUUUAAAAUCUCAGUGACUUUUUCUUUUCCACUGAGUUUUUACUCAGCAGUGGUGAAUGUCUUUUCCACCAAAUCUCCUCAUCUAAAAACCGCCUGCUACCUCAGAGGACUACUAACAGUUCUUUGCCUCUUUCUAACAGAAGCUUUUCUGUCAGUGCUUGAUAUUUUUUUGUUAUUAGUAACGAAAAUGAUAAAUUACAUGAGCAUUUUUGUCUAUAUAGCGUAAAGAAAUCCUGCAAAUACAAAUUCUCCUUUAGGAAGAGAAUAGAUUGAUGAAUGGACAAUAAAACAAACCACAUUUUACUUUGAUUGCUUAAAACAGCAUGAUGUCUGGUAGCCACCCAAUUAAAACUAUUUUAUGUUUUGCCAAAUUGUAUCAAAGAUCUAGGAAGAAAGAAUUUAUAACUCAUGAAUGAAUCAGUGAUAUCAGGAUUUGCAUACAUUAGAAUUAUACAGUAUAACCCUCAUACUAAGUUUGUGCCCUGCAAUUAUAGCAACGGCACUACCAAUCAGCCAGGUCUUUGAGUCAGUAAGUCUUGGAGAAACAAAACAACAUUGAGUAGAUUAUGACUCGAUCAGCUCAUGGAUCAAUUCCAACAAAAAAUGGAGAAAGGGUCUCACCUGACCUCCCAUCAGCAAUCACUGGUGGCGUCACUGUCCAUCAGCAGUCAGUGGCAGAUUCAGUUUACAGCAGAAGUGAGUUCACCCUUGUGUAACAUCACUUACAUGUCAAAUGAUUCAACAUUGUAUCACCUUUCAGCAAUUGCAUCACUUCUACGUUGAAUUGAACACUGUUCUUCAGAGAUGAUUCUUUUCAGCUGCUCUUUACUGUUCUGUGUUGCUUCAACUUUCUUUUUAAAAUACUCCAAAGGUGCUCUGUUAGAUUCAAGUCAGGUGCCACACAUGGCCAGGUCGUAGUUUGUACCUUUUCCUUCAUUAGAAACUUUUCAUUGUCAUGUUGGAAUAUUCCUCUUCUGUGAAGUUUAUGCAAACUGGGAGUCGUCUUGUCAGCCAGUAUUUUGGUUUAAUAAUGGGCAUUUGUGGUGACAUCUAUAAAUGUCAUCUUUCCAAAACCUUUAACGCUCAUGCAGCCCUAUAUCCUUACACUGUGCUUCACUGUCAGGACUGUAUACUCACUGUGGUAGUCCUCAUCAGGUGCCUGCAAAACAUGCUGGACACCAUCUGAGCUGAACAAAUUCACACAGUCUCAUCUAAGCAAAGAAUGUGCUACUGACAUUUAGCAGGCUUAUUUGCAUGUUCUUUCGCAAAGUUUCAUCUUGGAGUCUGGUGCCAAACACCAAGCAAGGGUUUUCUUCUUGAAUGCCGUCCAUAGAGGUUGACAUUUUGCACCGUCCCUCAAACAGUCUGAACUUGUCACAGAAAUUCAGAUUUCUAUGUAUAACCCUGUGCCCUGUGUGUUCCCACUGAUUUUGAGAUCAUUUUCGUCUUUGUGAAGCCACACAGUCAGAUUUUCUGCUCCACUGGAAAAUAUUUUCCCUGUGAAGCCAUGAUGAAGACAUACAGAUAGACAUGUAGGUUCAAAACUGAGAAACUUGUUUUACUCUCAAGUUUAUUUCAUACCUUUAAGCUAAUUGAGAAUCACAUUUGUACUUAAUCUGUGCCAGUGAUCACAGAUGUAUUCACUUUUGCUGCGCUGAGUCUCCACUUUAGGGCCUGCGUCUUCAAUAUGGCUUUUUCCAAGUAACUGUUUUUGACUCUUCAUCAAAGAAAUGCUCUACUGUUCAACUUAGAUGUAAUGCAGUAAUUUAGGGGUGACACAACUUUGACUCAUUUGACAUUUAGCUGAUGCAGCACAGUGGUGUGUUCACCUCUGUUGUAUACUGUAUGUUAUUGGUUGUUGCUUUUAUGAAUGCACUUGAACCAUAUGAAAUGACACGAAAGCAAAGCAAAUGAAAGAAUUUAGAUAGUGCUGUAUAACGACCCUCCAUUAAUAUUUUCAGAAAUUGUAUAUACUCCUCUAGCGUACCGGUGUACAGUCUGCAGUAGGAGCUUUCAGACAGGCAGGAAUUGUCCUUCAUCAUGUAGCCUGUGGAGGACAGUAUAUUCCUUAACAUCACCUCAGUGACCUCAGCACCGCCAAGAACACCAGAGAUGUAUCUGUUUUCUAACUUUUUUUCUACAUCUGUGCCAUCCUGCCUUCAAUCUGAAUUUGCCUACAUGCACAGAUGGAUGCAGAGAAGUUCCUGAGGUGUGUUGGAACAAACAGGUCUGAGAUCUGUGAAUACAGCAAACUGUGACACACAUGGCCGCCUAGUCUUUCAUCUCAAAGCAUAGUAGCACAGUCCUUGUAUGUCAUGGAAAUAUUUGAUUCUGUUAUUGUUUUGUUGUUGUUUUUUUGCAUUGCUGUUUUUGUGUGUGUGCAUAAUCUGUGUUUGACUGGUUAAUUGUUUAUCUUUGUAAUUUAUUUGUACUAAAAACAAGUUGUGGAUUAAAGAUGAAAUGGACACAAUGUUCAAUGAAGUUUCCUGUUGUAAAAAAGUUGUUAUUUGUUAGUGAAGCUGAUGUGAUUGUGGAAGUGGUGUCAUUGGAGGGCAUUUUUCCACUUUUUUUUUGUUUAACCCAAUACGAUUUUCUUUAUGUGGUCAAGCCCUUAGUCAUCUCGACCUGAAACCAGGCUGUCCAGCCAAAUUACAAACACAGCAGCAUGUUCACUUUGUGAACUGAACAGAUUCGCUUUCAUUUUUAAGGAAAUAUCACACCCAAGUUGUAAACCUUAAAUCUGGUGUGAGCAUUUAAAGCUGGAGCUGGAGCUGAACAGUUCCCAAAUUGAACCAUUUCUCUAAAUGAAACCCCUGCACUUAUAAAAUGACACCGUUUGGAAGCAGACAGUGAAAUUUGGUUUGAUUACCUGCUCCUUUUCUUUUUUGUUGUUGUUUUGUUUGGUUUUUAAAGACUACAAUAUUUCCCAUUUGAAUUUCUAUUGUGAACGUUGUUUUGCUUUUUUUCAUAUUUUUAGAGCAGCUUUGUGGUUGUAGUGAAGACAAUUGAUGACUGUUGAAGUUUUCUCUAACAAGCAAGCUUACAUUUGUGAAUGUGUUGUAUAAGGCUGUAAUGUUAUUGCAAUUAUACCUGUGUGAUGCAGUUUGUUCAUUUUGUUGCCAUGUGCUUUUAAUGAAUUGUGAUUAAAAAAAAAAACAUAGGAGCCCAGUUGCCACCUCAUGGUAAUGUCUUAAUGACACUACAGGACGUUGGCCAAAAAACAAGCUAUUGUGCUGCUCUCUGCACUCCACUUGUUGCUCUUUUUCAUACCUGUAUGACUUGGAUUUCCAAACAUAACUGUACCAAGGCCUCAAGAUGAUGCUUUGGUUUUGUAUUUGUGACUGGUGGACACAAGGAAACUUAUUGCAGGAUGUAAUCGCAUAGAACGUGGUCGUGGUUUUGAACUUAUUUUGCCACACAGCCUCAUAUUCCUCAUCAUGCACAAUAAAUGUGUUGGUUGAC